GUUUUUAAAUCCGGCUCGUCCUCCCUAAUCAUUAGACAACUGGUUCCUCAAGAUUCUUCCCCAGAUUGAGGGUGAAAGCCUCAAAAUGUCGUACAACGGUACAAACUAUCCACCGCCGACUUACGAAACCUGCUCCGAUGGAAUCUCCGAACGAUGUCCUGCUGAGUUGUCACUCUACGGCGACACUUUUACAUUAGGCGCCUGCGUUUUCUUCGUCGUGGCCCACGCGCUGGCGCUUAUACCCCAACUGUACUUCGGUAUCAAGGCGCGAACAUGGUCGUAUACACUAUGGCUUGCGAUCGGGACGAUAUUUGAACUCAUCGGCUACAGCGGCCGUAUCGUCAUGAGUUCAAACCCCUGGGUCUACAACGCUUUCGUCAUCCAACUCGUUCUCCUCAUUCUCGGCCCAACACUAGUCGCUGCUGCUAUCUCGAUCACCUUUAAACAUCUUGUUCUAUGGUACGGUCGAGAGUACAGUUUCAUCAAGCCUGUCCUAUACCCCUGGGUUUUCGUCGGCACGGAUUUCUUUUCUAUUGUUAUCCAAGCUGCUGGCGGCGGUGUUUCUUCAGCAGCCACUAAUGGAGACAACAAUGACCAGGGUAUGCUUGAUGUGGGAUCUGGACUUCUUGUUGCUGGUGUUGUCUUCCAGAUGGCCAAUAUGAUCUUCUGUGGGGGUCUGAUGAUGAUUUAUAUCUGGAGAAGACACAAGGCCAUCAAGAAUGGUGCUGCUGUCAGGGCUGGGGAUAAGACUGCUACGGAGAGUGAAUCGUCGACCAAUGGAAACGCCAAGGUCAUCAGAGCAAGUGACAAGAAGACCAAGAUCUUUGUGUACGCUUUGACCGUUGCUUACAUCGCCAUUAUCAUCCGUUGCAUCUACCGUAUCCCUGAAAUGCAGAUGGGUUGGGGCAGCACCCUCAUGCAAAACGAAACAACCUUCUUGAUUCUCGAUGGAGCCAUGAUUCUCAUUGCCGUAUGGACUUUGACGAUAUUCCAUCCUUACUUCUUCUUCCCUUUCCUCGGCAAGAAGCACAAGAAGGAGAUGGAUGCUGAGAAGUCUAGAGCAGAGGGUCCAGAUGCGCCUGUGAUGGAGGAGAACGCUCAACGAUAAACUAUCAAGCGUGAAUUGGGUUUAGUAUAUUGGGAGCACAUGUGUGUUGGAUGAACUUUUCAUUUAGGAUGGGACAGACGGCAUACCCUAGCUCGGGAUAGAAUUUCUUUAGGGAGGAUAUAGAACUUGGCAGAUUUAGCUUCAACUGCGCUCGAGCUCCACCGUGACCACUCUUCUUUGACAGUUUGAC